AUGGAGUGUGUGGGCACACGAAUCCCGUACGCAAAAUGGCGCCUGAGUGCGUUCCGACAACUGCUAGCAACGUCGCAGGCUCAGGCAGCUAGUCGGGGCAUCUCGACCUCGCGACAAACCGACCAACUCAGUGAAAUUAUUUUGGAAACAAAGACUGACAAUUCGAAUCCGAACUCCAUACCUCCUUCGCAGAGGCUCCCGCAAUCUCCCCUCCUCACACGUCCUCGCUCCGGGAUUGAGAAGAAUCGAAAGAGACGCCCCACAACACAGGAGGAAGCCGACCUGCUCAAGAACCCAUGGGCCGUGAUGCUGGCUUCCCCGGCGCGUAUGUGCUCUGUAACUGCUGCACGACUUCCAUCUGCCCUGAUGGGGACUUGGGGACUUGUUAGACAACCGAAUUCAGACAAACUUCAUAUGAUGCCUGUGGGUCUGCUGCAGGACUCUCUGCAAAGCAGUAAGACCAAGAAGCUCAGUUCAUCACCAGAGCCAACCAUUCCAGGUCAACAAGAAAGCCCAGACAUUGAGAAUGAAGGCCAGGAAGAGGAUGUAUCACCAAUCCCAACAUCCUUAGAUAAGCAGACUGGACGCCAGCUUGUGCUUCGCAUUGCUGAGAUCCUUCCACUUAUUCAAUCUAUUUCAGCACCGCUCUCCAAGAAGGGCGGGAAAAGACCACCGAUUAUGCGCUUGUUGCCAUUUCGAUGGAAGCACCCCCAGGGCCCUGUGACGGCCCAUGAAGAGAAAAGAAUCAUCUGGUCGAAGGAUACGCCGGAGUUUAUGUUGCGGGGUAUGAGGGAUGUCGUUGUUAAGAAGCUAGAUGCAGUCCUCGAGAAAUACAAGCGCGUCGGCACCCCCAAUGGAGUCUGGAGGGCUCUAGAUCUGCCCGAGUACUCGGAUGCUGCACUGAAGGAAGCCCUGGGAAGUCUGGAGCGGUUUGGUCGCAUGGAAUGUGGUGGAGUCCUGCUUCUUGGCUCAAAGGAUUAUGCGGUUGCCGGUCAUAAGUCUCAGUCGAGCGGCUCUUUGGACUCGGUGGCCCUCACGCAAACCGGCUCGAAGGUUCCUGUGUUUGAUCUGUCGGUGCUUUUGUCUGAGUCUGAUAUCAAAAAGCUCCGUGAAUCCCACGGUCAGUUCCAACACACUGCACUGUUCUUCAGACCAGAGGAGCAGCUCGGUAUUGAUGCGAUGAUAUCCCUGUGGAAAAUCAAACGUCUCCUUGAUGGUGUUGAUCCAAAAGAGAAAUGA